AUGGCCACCAAAAAGAAGCUGAAAGAAAAGUUGAUAUUGCGAAAGUCAUUAGAGUCUUCUCUAGACACUGUAGAAGCUUUCACCGAUCAGUGCGAUGAGGAAACUGAUCCCAAUCAAAUCCUCGUGCGGUUGGACAUGAUCGAUAACAUUUUUCGUGAGUAUAAUAAAACCCAAAGUGACAUUGAAAAAUUAGAUUGUGGAGAAGCGCCCCUUGCCAAGCACCUGAUAGAACGGCAAAAAUUUGAAACAGGAUAUUGUACCCUGAAAGGUUGGUUGAUGUCCAGGAAACCAGCAGAAACAAUUCCACCAGUAAGCACUUCUGUAAUUACUCAGCAAAUUCCACCGUCAUCAGUUUCACCAUCAUUCCAUCUGCGAUUACCGAAAAUCGACCUUCCGAAAUUUGACGGAGAUUUUUCACGAUGGCUAGGUUUCCGUGAUACAUUUAAGUCGAUGGUGCACGAUGUUCUAGAAAUUCCUCCAGUCGCGAAGCUACAGUUCUUAUUACAAUCACUAGAAGGUGAGGCGCGCAAGCCUUACGAGACGGUGGAUAUCGAAGCAGCCAACUAUCACCCAACCUGGGAAGCUCUCCUCAAACGAUAUGACAAUACGCGUUUCCUGAAAAAACAGUUGUUUAGAGCUCUGCAUGAUCUCAGCCCGAUUAGCAGAGAAAACCCCCAAGAUUUCCGAAAGUUAGUAGAUGAUUUCCAACGUCACGUAAGAGCUCUGGCGAAGUUAGGUGAGAACAUAUAUGAAUGGGAUACUCCGCUCGUUUGUAUGAUGUGUUACAAAUUGGAUCCCAUGACGCUCCGAGCAUGGGAAGAAUAUGCCACAACUAAUGAUCAAGAUGAUUACGAACACUGCAUCGAAUACCUGUACCAGCGAUUGCGUAUUCUCCAGACGGUCUCCUCAGAAAUCCAGCAUCGUUCACAGGUGACUACGGAUAAGCCUACCGAGUUUAGUCAAUUUCCGAGAAGAUACCCUCCCCCGAAAGCGAUUGCAAACGUAGCCGCUCCAAAUACGAAUACGAAUAUAAAUUUUCCUACUUGUAUAGCAUGUCCAGAAAGCCAUUAUCUAUAUCAGUGUCCGACGUUUCAAACCAUUCCCGUAAGUCAACGAAUAGAGCUCGUUAGCAAGAAAGGUCUGUGCUGGAACUGUUUCAAAACUUCUCAUGUUGCACGCAGUUGUGAUUCCAAAUAUAGUUGCCGCCAUUGUCAUGAGCGCCAUCAUACACUGCUUCACCAAUCCGCUAAUCCAGUACAACCAUCCAAGAUGUUGUCCUCUACAGCCCUAUCCACACAAGCAUUACCAGCUGCUAAUAUGGCAGACCCAAAUGGAACAACCCAUCCGAAUAAUGAAGUUAGCGUACCAGUUCAGCACCACUCAUCCAAUACAGUAUUUCUAUCGACGAUUAUUUUUUAUAUAACCGACAAAUUUGGAAACGAGCAUCAAGCAAGAGCGUUAAUUGACUCGGGGUCCCAGUCAAAUUUCAUUUCGAAGAAGUUAGCCAACCAGCUGUGCCUGAACCCAGAACAAGUCAACAUUCCAAUUUCCGGAAUUGGUGAAAUGACUGUCACCGUUACCAAGUCAAUUUUAGCUGAUAUUCGUUCUAGAGUAGAAGUAUUAUCGAUCCAAACUCGAAUUUUUAGUUCUUCCAAAACCAACUGUGAAAAUCCCAGCAAAUGA